AUGCCCAGCUUUCUCGUCGAGCUUACCUUUGUCCUUGCACCCGUCCUGUGCUACAAGAUGAUGGCCCGGAACGGUGGUCGCGUCAUAACGAGCCAGGAGGGAUCGUCUCUCUUUCUGAAAGGGCCUCUCGAGGCCCCUCCCCAGGGCUCCUGUGCGGUUGUGGGCCAACCAGAUGAGAAGGCCGAAACCGCAAGCAUUCUACGGGACUUUGUCGUAAACAUGGGUUUCAACUUGCAACGACAGUACGAGGACACAUAUCCUGAGCAGCUCGACAGCAUCGUCCGAAAGCGAAUCCUGUCCUACAACCUCGACGACCGACGCACGGCUCAUCUCCUCAAGCUCCUCCCGACGUGUGCCAGUGGCGUUCAGAAACACUACACACGAGCCGCCAUCGAGGUCAAAGCGUUCAUUGUCCUGUACACGAUAUUCCUGUUUUACAUCGACGAUCGUGUGGUCCAGGAACCCGAAACAAUGCUGGCGGAAUUGCAGAAGCUGUCGCGACUGAAUACCCCAGCAGCGGGCCCAGAGAAGAUGAAUAGUCUCGAUCAUUACUCAGAGCCGUGCCUCUUGUUGUGGUCGGAGCUCGUCACCUCGGAAGCCCACGUGUACUAUGGGCCCUAUUCGGCGGGCGCUAUCCAGAAGGGGUUCGUCGAAUUCCUCAUGGGCAGUAUCAUCGAAGCGCGGUUUCCGGAAGGACUUCGACAACAAGAAGAAGGCUCCUUCGCAUCCAUUCCACCGACGGCCGUGCACAUGCUGAGGGACAAGGCCGGGGCGGGUGAAGUCUACGCGCACUUCAUGUUCCCCACGCACCUGGCCCCGGAGGACGAGUACUUGGGCAAAUACUUUAUCUGUGUACGGGACAUGAUGGACUGGAUCAACUUCACCAACGACAUCAUGUCGUUCUACAAAGAGAGCUUCGCGCCCGGCGUCCAGGCUGAGGAGAACACCUACAUCCAGAACCGGGCGCGGUGCGAGGGCAAGACGGCCCUGGAGGUGCUGAGGGUCCUGUGCGACGAGGUGGUGGGCCUGACGGCGAGGAUCCGGCGCGGGCUUCAGGGUGAGGCCGUCCUCGAGGACAUUUGGGAGAAUUACGUCCACGGAUAUAUCCUGUUCCACGCAUGUGAUCGGCGAUACCGGCUUCAGGAACUGGGGAUCGUGCGUGUUGUUUGA